GAGGAGGAAUGCCAAGUGACUGUCGGGACUGUUUGGGGAUUCGUUUUCGAAUUAACACCCUGCACCAGACCUGGAAGUGGCUUCAUCAGACUAUCGCCUUACACGAAUACCUGAUCUCCCUUUCUUCGGCUGAUACUGACGCUUGUUGCUCUAUGCAUUAGUGGACUCAUAUUUAUAGUGUUUUGUGACUUUAACAUAGACUUUUAAUUUAAGAAAUUUAGAUUUAAGGUAUUGCCUGUCAUAGGUUCAUAGAAAAAAGUAUCAGUUUAUCAUUACAUAAUUAUAAAAGUAAAUAUGGCACAAUCAAUGAUGAGGAAGAUUACAUUGAGCAACAUGUUUGUCAUGGUGGGAUUGACAAGAAGAGCUAGUUCUAGAAGCCUAGCCACAGGUAAAAAUUUGUUGGUGAAGAAGUCCAGCAAUGAGUUACCACCAGAAGGGGAGAUCACAAAGUCAGUAUUUAUGUCCCAGUCCACGGACAUAUACACAAACUUGGCUCUAGAGGAUUGGAUGUACCGUAACAUGGACUUUAGUAAGCAUCAUGUUAUGAUGGUUUGGCGCAAUGAGCCAUGUGUUGUUAUUGGAAGACACCAGAAUCCUUGGCUUGAGGCUAAUGUGCCUUUCUUAUCUGAGAAGGAAAUAGCACUGGCUCGUCGCAAUAGUGGAGGUGGCACUGUAUAUCAUGACCGUGGCAACUUGAAUAUUACUUUCUUUACACCUAGAGAAAGAUAUGACAGAAAGUACAACUUGGAGCUCAUCAAAAGAGCAUUAUUCAGGGGUUUCGGAAUUAAAUCUAUCAUCAACGAUCGUCAUGAUAUUAUUGUGAGAGAUAAAUAUAAAAUUUCUGGAACGGCUGCAAAAUUAGGACGUUUGACUGCAUAUCAUCAUUGCACACUUCUAGUCAAUGCCAAUAAGGCAGAUCUCAGCAAAGCACUAGCAAAGAGAGAGCAUGGCAUACAGACGAACGCGACCCCCUCCACACCAUCACCCGUGGUGAAUUUAUCGGACAUGGACAACAGGGUCACCGUCGAGAAUCUUCAGACCGCAGUUGGCUACGAAUACCUCAGGACACCUGCUCUGCAGUUGGAAGAUGGUGGUGAACGACAAAUCUCAAAACAGAGAGGGUUUCAAUUCAUAAAUCCUACUGAAGACUGGUUUCCAGGUCUAUCAGAAUUGAAGAAUGAACUUCAGACAUGGGAUUGGUCGUUUGGUCGCACUCCUGUGUUCACUGUGAGCCGUUCAUUUCCCGUGCCGGCGGAGCUACUUGCUCCAUCCAAGGUCUACUCUGCCACUCAGGAGUUGGUUAUCAAUAUGACAGUGGAGAAGGGUCUCAUAAACGAUGUCACACUUAACAUUCCCCCUGGCCUUGUCGAAUCCGGAUUCCACGGGGAGGCAUCCGUCAUCACCCAUUUGAAAGGGAAAAGGUUUACGUCUGAAGCCCUUAACGCCCUCCAAGAAGCGAUGCUCACGCGUCACACAAGUGGAGAUGUGAAAAAGUUGGAUGACAAGGAACAGUUCGUCGCGAAAUGUUUCGAUCAAGUCGUUAAUACAGUUUAGUUUAAUUACAUAUUAAAUCCAGUGGUGCUGUGUUUAGUGUAUAUGUGUUUAAUGUAUCGUGGCGUUGUUAUUAUACAUAAUGCUAUUUUGUUUGUCCACUGGUUGUAAAUUUUAUCUAUGUUAUAUGGAUAUUAAGAUGGUACAAAGGUUAAAUCGUAAAAUGUAUAUUGGUACUUGUGAUUUUGGAACAUUGAUACAGUUUAAUAUUGUUAUUAUCUUGUUAUAUAUUUUUCAAAGCUUCUUCAAUCGAUUAUUUAGUUAAAGCUAAAAUUACCAUAUUUGCUUUGUUAUUGUGUUCUUUUAGUUUAGUGUUUUAUCAUAUAAUGUGAGAGACGCGUUUUGUAUGUUGCAUGCUUUACAACCUCGUCUUGUUUUGAUUUUAUUAUUAGAAUGAUACAUUCGGAUUUAAUAUCUAUGCAACAUCUUGUUACGUGUCUCUAGGGUCCUGCGUUUCGUACUUUUGAAUCGAACGCUACAAGAAUGCAUCAUAUCAUUUGUUUUAAUUAAAUUUUAAUUUCUUUACCGAAUUAAUGUACCCAAUUUAUUUUUACUUAUAGUACAUAUUGCGUAGCAUGUAUUCUGUAACGUUUUUAUGUCUAGAUUUCUAUUUAACCUAACCAUUUCAUCGCUCACCCACAUCGUUUCACAAGAUCUGCCCGAAACGGGUACUUUUUUAUAUGGAAUGGACAUAAGGCACAUCUAGUAUAAGUAGGUUUUUUUAAGUUAAUCUUAUCGAUAAGGUAAUGUAAACUUUUCUAUCCAUUAUUACUUUUGAUAUUAGACAAUUAUUUAGGACUAAGUAACAAAUUUUAUCUCAUUGUAUUUUAUGAUGUUUUGAAAUAAAUAAAAUAGUAUAUUAUUGUA